CGUAGUGACUACGAUAUACGCGCGGGCACUGUCGCCUACAUGCCCGCGUGGCGAUGGGUGCGGGAGGGAUUCCGAACGGAUCAUGGCUUGCAAAGCUGAAGGACCCGAUCCGAGUCGAGACGAUAGUGUCAAGGCGAUGACUUGCUCUCCAUUCCCAAUAUCCAUUGCCAACGUAGGCAACCGAUCCCAACUCAAUCGCUAGCUCGUCGUGGUGGCUCUCUAGGUCUACUAGGACUCUCUCCGCCGUUCCAGUCGUUUCGAGAGAUACCAAGGGAAUGAUGAGAAUUUACCGCUCUGACACCAUAGAGGUCUCUAAGGACCAGAACCUAACAGAGCUCCUUCAUUCCUCUGCCUACCCAGACCUUCCAGAAUCCCACCUAAUCGCGAAGGAUAGUCUCACGAACCGCAGUAUCACCAUCGGGAAGCUGCGCGAACGAGCAGCCAGGAUUGCAAAGGGAAUCCAGACCAAAUGCAACCCACCCGACCAAGCGCGCUGGGCCAUCAUCCUCCCCAACAGCGUCGACUUUCUCGAGGCCGUCCAUGCGAUCCUCUGGACUGGCGGCAUCUUCUGCCCCAUCAACCACGCCCUUAGAGCCGCCGAGAUCGGCCACGGGCUCGCCGUCUCACGACCGCACUUCGUCGUGGUCUACGGCGUAGUGCUGCCCACCGUCGAAGAGGCCCUUCAGGUCGCGAGGAAAGAGCUUGCGGACCGCGGUGUGAGCUGGGCACGGCCGCGUCUCAUGACGGUAGUCAGCCGAGCCAAGGAGCUCCCUCACUUCCCCGACGACUUCAUCGCGGAGGACCGGCUACUGGUCCCGCACUGGUCCGACACCGCAACGCGCGUCGCUUCGAUCCACCUGUCGUCAGGCACGACGGGCAAGCCCAAGGGCGUCGAGCUGACGCACCGCAACUUCGUCGCGAACUGCCACCAACUGCUCGCGCACGACCGCACCCAGUUCCACCCGCGCUCGCGCAUGGUUGCCUUCACGCCUUGGGCACACAUCGGCAUGACGACGCUGCCGCUCUUCCUCGGGCCCUACGCCGGCAUGCUGCACCACGCGAUGCCGCGGUACGAGCUCAGCGAGUUCCUGCGGCUCGUCGCCUCUGACCAGGCGACGAGCUUCCAGGGCGUGCCAUCUGUACUUCAGCAGCUCGCGGACCCAGCGCACGAUGACCUCGUCGCACGGCACUCCGAUCUCUCCCGCUCCCAGUUCAUCAACGUCGGCGGGCCGCUCCCCGCUGACCUCGAACGCCGCCUGCUUCGCCGCGCCCCCUGGCGCCUCGUCCAGGUCUACGGCAUGACCGAAGCCGCGGGCUACGUCGCCUACCAGCACACCGCGGACCCGCCGGCACCGCGCGGCGUCACCGGUCGCCUGCUCCCCGGCGUCGAGGCCUGUCUUAGGACCACCGGCGGCGGCACCGAUGCCCCCGAGGGCGGCCCCGGCGAAUUAUGGCUACGCGGGCCUAAUAUCGCGCGGCGGUACGCGUUCGACGAAGAGGCGAAUGCGCGCGCGUUCGGGCUCCCGAUGGCUAGAGGGGAGGAGCGGGGACGGGAAUCGGAGGAGGGGACACAGGGGUGGUAUAACACGGGGGACGUAUGCACGAUCGACGGCGCAGGCAGGGUCAGCGUGGUGGGGCGCACGAAGGAGCUCAUCAAGUAUAAGGGGUUCCAGGUGUCGCCGUCGGAGCUAGAGGCGCUAGCGGGGACGCACCCGGCGGUGGAGGCGGUCGGGGCCGGCGCGACGUGGGACGAACGGGGGCUGACGGAGCUGCCGACGGCGUGGGUAGUGCUGCGCGGAGGCCUCGCGGAGGCGCCAGAGGUGGAGCGGCGGACGACGCUGCGCGCGGUCCAGCGCCACGUCGAUACCCAGGUCAGCGGCUACAAGAAGCUGCGCGGCGGCGUCUGGGAGGUGCACGCGCUGCCCAGGAACGCGACCGGCAAGGUACUCCGCCAGGAGAUGGCCGCCAUGCGGGACGGACUCUGCUCGCUCGAUCCGGAGCCCAGGAAGGCGAUGUUGUAGGCCGGGAGGAAGAGAGGAAGGGGGCCUUGAAAUAGAAGUGAGCAGCGGGCGGUAUGCGCGAAGCCGUGCGGUUAUUCUUAUCGUUUCUGUCGCCGCGAGGCUCGUAUCGGCCCGGUCUACGCGUAGGCUGGAUGGCCUUUUUUUUUUCAAUGACUCCAGAGAAACCAGCGCGUCUUAUUUCUGCUAGCGGUCCACCUUCGACCGUCUCGACCACGUCCUCUAAUCGUGAUACUGUGAGGGGGGAGAUGUCGAAUCGACACGACCACGCUUAAGAGCCCAUAGGUUUUCACCCCGCGGUAGGCUUCUAGCCGCGGCUACUUCUAAAGGAUACGCACCUAUUACAUCCUCCUUAGCAAGUUUUCUCGGCUUCUCCUCGCGGCAGAUAUAAGUG